AUGACGAGAUGGAAGGUGAAACUUGCUUUCAUCAUCAAUAACUCCUCGAGAAAAACAACCUACAAAAAAAGGAAGAGGGGCUUGCUCAAAAAUGCGCAUGAGAUAUUCACUUUAUGUGGGAUUAAUGCCGGGGCUAUCAUUUACAGUCCCUACGAUCCUACCCCUGCGGUGUGGCCCUCCGUUGAGGGUAUGAACCAAGUGAUUACUACUUUUCGGACAACACGGAACUUACCGGAAAUUGACCGGCACAAUAAUAUGGUCAAUCAACAGGAGUUUGUCCAACAGAGGAUAACCAAAGCGGAUCAACUUCUGCUUAAGAAGAAGAAGGACAACAGCGAGGUUAACCUCACGGAAGAUAUGUAUCGAUUUCUUCAGAUUGGACAGUUAACUAUUCCAGCCGGGGGUCAUAAUAAUCCUGCUCUAACCAGGGAUCUUAACGAUCUAGGUUAUCUUGUUGACCAGUAUAUUAACAGUCUUAAUCGCAUGAUUCAGAUUUUAGAAGGAGGCUCAGAUGUGGAGAUCGGUGAAUCUUUGUAG